ACAAAUAUGUCUAAUAAUAAUGCCAGUAAUUACGAAACCUUCCCAUCUACGAGUUCGCUUAAUACCACACCAAACCCUUACACUGAGGAAGCUUGGUCAGAGUGGGUAAAGAGCUAUAUGCCAACACUUUACUUGGAAAAUCGAGCAAGUGUUGCUAGAGAUCAUUUGGCAAACGAAAGAACUUUUUUAGCCUGGUUACGGACUUCGUUGUCAUUUAUAGGAAUUGGCAUUGCCAUUACGCAAUUAUUUCGUUUAACUCAGCAUACACCUAAUGAAACGGUCGGUAAACCAUUAGGAUUAAUGUUUAUUAUUCUCGGAAUAGUAUUUUUAAUUUGCGGAUUCUUUCGAUAUUUUCAUUCACAAUUCAUCAUGACCACUGGCAACUUUCCGGCAAGUCGCGGCACCUUCAAGCAACAACAACAAUGGAAAGUUGAACAAGAAAUUGUUAUA